AUAGAGGGAGAUAGAACAGAGAUACACAAGGAGGAGGAGGGGGAAUGUAAGCGGUCUAUCUCCGUGUCUCCCUCUCUCCCCCUCACCUCCCCCAAGCUUCGUUUCUCGCCCCUCCAAGCACAAAUCUGAGUCAGUACGAAACAUUUGUCACCAAGAGCUCACUACGACUGUGCCUCGCUAGCAGGAUAAAACAAGUGGAAUGGCGCUAUUGAAGCCAACGCUGGUACUGGCAGCUCUCCAUGUGGCGUCUAUAGCGGAAGGGCUACACGUGGACAUCGGGAGCCACCUGAAGCACCUCGCCACGCACAGGUACCCGAAUGAGGCGCAGAAGGGAGCGAGGGAACAGGUGACGGAGUACAUAGCUAGGCAAUUUGAAGAGUGUGGGCUGAUAGUUCACCUGCAGCGCCUGAAGGGUUUCGCUGCCCCUACACCUGGAGACACACUCGAUUACAGCCAUUACAGUAAGCGCAAGACACAAGUGUAUGGUGUCAACAUCAUCGGCAUAUCUGGAUCGGUGCUGGAGGAGGCUGGGGCUGUGGUGGUGGUGGGCGCGGCCUAUGACACUGAUGGCGUGGGGAGUCCUCUGUGGGACAACGGGGCGGGUGUCGCGGUGCUGCUGGAGACGGCGCGGCUAUACCAAGCAACAGUGAUCAGUCCCCGCCUCACUACUCUCUUUGUGGCCUUCGAUCUAAGCAGUGACAGAUACGGAAGCAAGGCUUUCAGUGACGGCAGCGGUGGUGGUGGUGGUGGUGGUGGUCUGCCAGGCGCCUUCAGUCUAGUACAAGAUUACCUGCGGAGCUUCGUGAAGCAGAACAUUUCCAGGGUGGGCGGCGCCAUUGUACUGGGGCCGAUCAUGAAUGUGAACCCCGAGACUGGUUCACAGGGGUUCGACUCCUUGAGGAAGCUCUUCCCGGCCGCUUACGAGGAGGUGGCGGCGAGAGAGCAUCGGGGUGACUUCAUGGCUUCAGUAUUCCGGGGAGUGAGUGAGGCUGAGCGCACACUGGCCAGACAAGUGAUGGACAGCUAUGAGGAGGUUGGAGGAAGGUUGAUUGAGUUCAGGCUUGGUAAUCACUCCCACACACUCCUGCCCUCUUCACUCCCCGCGAGAGAGGCAGCUUACUUCUGGCAGUCCACCUUCCAGGGCCACAAGUCUCCUCUGCCAGCCAUCCUCCUCACCGAUACUGAGACGAACCGGGCCUGGCCAAGAGAUGCCGCGUCGCCCACCCAGCUGACUGAGGCACAGAUGGACUUCCUAGACACCACCGUCGCUAGCCUCGUUCACUUCCUCGUGAGACGGCAGCCCGCAGAAGCCAUGGAAGGAGAGUGGCGGGAGGUUGGUCUACUGACAGCACUGAUGGUCUCCUGUGGCAUCAACCUCCUGCUGCUGGUUCACCUCCACCACCUGUGCACUUCCCCCACCGCCAGCAAGAGGGAGAGGGACAGCCAUAGCCCCUCGGAGACACUCAGCUUGCAGGAUAUGAAGUGCAGUGUGAGUGAUGGUAGGAGUUCCUUCACUAUGUCAUAGGAAGCAACUCGAUGCUUCCAAGACUACACGGAACUUACUUGAUCCCUCAGUGGUUCCUGGCCUCCUCUCUGCCUGCAGUUCGAGGAGGGUGUGAAUGAGCCCUUCGCAGGUAAGGGAGAUGGCUUGCUGUCUCCUACGUGUCAAG